AUGCUCGGUCAGGGUUCAAAUAACGGAGACAGUGCAGCACCACGCAAUAAGUUGCACGGUGUCAGCCAUCCCACAGUUCGAACUGAAAUGGUUGCCCUCCACUCGGUUCCGUCUUCCCCUCUGGACAGAUCCCUCCUCUUUGCACCCGAGAGAUAUCCCAGACAGCGGAAUUUGAGAUCACCCAAAUCAUCUCUUCCCCCCAGACCUGCAACAGCCCCACCGACUACUUCUAUAUUUGCGUCGACCGUGAGUAGCCCACGGAAGACCCUGACGCCAUUCAGCCAUUCCUUUGCGCACCAAAGGCCGACCCUUUCUGAUAGGGAAAGCAGCGGGAACAUCUUGCCGCCACCUCCACCGUUGUUCCGCCCCACCACGUUCUGGCGCAACCACCCGAAGUCCGGUGUGACAGGCGCGUCCUACUCCCCUUCAACGUAUCUCAUCCGCCGCUCCACCUUUAUUGCCGCUGGGCUGCCAUUUGACGUCCCCGUUGCAGACCUAUCUGCGCUCUGCGUUGAAGCCCGCGUCGGCACCGUCUUCCUCCCGCCCUGA